CGGCGAGGCCGCGGUGGCGGCGGGAGCUCAAGAGCCUGCUCUGUCUGCGAGCGGUCCCUCAGGAAGGCUUCCCUGUGGGGGCCCGACGCGCACGCGCACGCCUAGCCCCGCCCCCGCGCGCCGCCGCGUCCUCUGACCCAGGGCCGCGCGCCACGGGCAGCGGAGGGCGGCAUGCGGGACUACGACGAGAUGACCGCCUUCCUGGGCGAGUGGGGGCCCUUCCAGCGCCUCAUCUUCUUCCUGCUCAGCGCCAGCAUCAUCCCCAACGGCUUCAACGGCCUGUCUGCCGUGUUCCUCACUGCGACCCCGGAGCACCGCUGCCGGGUGCCGGACACCGCGAACCUGAGCAGCGCUUGGCGCAACCACAGUCUCCCGCUGCGGCUGCAGGACGGCCGCGAGGUGCCUCACAGCUGCCGUCGCUACCGGCUCGAGACGAUUGUCAACUUCUCGGCUCUAGGGCUGGAGCCUGGGCGCGACGUGGACCUAGAGCAGGUGGAACAAGAGGGCUGCCUGAAUGGGUGGGAGUUCAGCCAGGACAUCUACUUGUCCACCAUCGUGACUGAGUGGAACCUGGUGUGUGAGGACGACUGGAAGGCCCCGCUCACGAUCUCCUUGUUUUUCGGGGGUGUGCUGGUGGGCUCCUUCAUUUCGGGGCAGCUCUCAGACAGGUUUGGCCGGAAGAAUGUGCUGUUUGUAACGAUGGGCAUGCAGACAGGCUUCAGCUUCCUGCAGGUCUUCUCGAAGAACUAUGAGAUGUUUGCUGUGCUAUUUUUCCUUGUAGGCAUGGGCCAGAUCUCCAACUAUGUGGCAGCGUUUGUCCUGGGAACAGAAAUUCUUGGCAAGUCAGUUCGUAUUAUAUUCUCUACGUUAGGAGUGUGCGUAUUUUAUGCAUUUGGCUACAUGCUGCUGCCACUGUUUGCUUACUUCAUCAGAGACUGGCGGAUGCUGCUGCUGGCCCUGACGGUGCCUGGAUUGCUGUGCGUGGUGCUCUGGUGGUUCAUUCCUGAGUCCCCCCGAUGGCUCAUCUCUCAGGGACGAUUUCAGGAAGCUGAGGUGAUCAUCCGCAAGGCUGCUGGAAUCAAUGGGAUCGUUGCGCCCUCCACCAUCUUUGACUCAAGCGAGCUACAAGACCUGAGCUCCAAGAAGCAGCAGUCCCACAGUAUUCUGGAUCUGCUCCGAACCCGGAAUAUCCGGAUGGUCACCAUCAUGUCCAUAAUUCUGUGGAUGACCAUAUCAGUGGGCUAUUUCGGGCUUUCGCUGGACACUCCUAACUUGCAUGGGGACGUCUUUUUGAACUGCUUCCUUUCGGCUCUGGUUGAAGUCCCAGCAUACGUGUUGGCCUGGCUGCUGCUGCGGCACCUGCCCCGUCGCUAUUCCAUGGCCACUGCCCUCUUCCUGGGUGGCAGCGUUCUUCUCUUCGUGCAGCUGGUGCCCCCAGACCUGUAUUAUUUGGCUACAGUCCUGGUGAUGGUGGGCAAGUUUGGAAUCACUGCUGCCUUUUCCAUGGUCUACGUGUACACAGCCGAGCUGUACCCCACAGUGGUCAGAAACAUGGGCGUGGGGGUCAGCUCCACAGCGUCCCGCCUGGGCAGCAUCCUGUCUCCCUACUUCAUCUACCUUGGUGCCUACGACCGCUUCCUGCCCUACAUUCUCAUGGGGAGUCUGACCAUCCUGACAGCCAUCCUCACCUUGUUCCUUCCAGAGAGCUUUGGCACCCCACUCCCAGACACCAUUGAUCAGAUGCUCAGGGUCAAAGGAAUAAAAUAUAGGCAGACUCCAAGUCACUCAAGGAUGUUAAAAGAUGGUGAAGAAAGCCCCAGAGUGCUUAAAAGCACAGCCUUCUAACACCACCUCCAGUGAGAAAGUGGAGAGGGAAGACUGUGCUAUCAGAAAUGGCUUGUGCAGACCCUGAGUCCUUCAGUGGCCAAGGUCUUUGUUGAUUAUUCUAUGGACGCUGUGUCUGACCUGCCGUGGAUGGACGCCCAGACUCAGAGCUGUAGUGGUCCUCAAGCACCACCUUCCCCUCAGGGACACUGUGGCUACUGGCAGACAACUUCGGAUGAAUCCUAACCACUACAGUGAUGGACUUGGCACUUCCUAAGACGUUAACUUUGGAAAGAUAUGAGAGGUAUUUACUAAAUUUACAUUUUCAUUUCAGACGGCCUGAAAAGACCCCUGAUAAAACUGGAGAUCUAACCCUCCAGACCCACACCUCCCCGAAAUGUGUCCUUUCCCCACUUCCCUCUAAUGGUGCACUUUAGAGGAAAUGACCUCACAGGGAGUUGGAUUUCUCAUAGUCUCUCAGCGACAGAGGAUAUUCACUGGGGUUGUUGCUUCCCCAGCGUAGGAAAGCACAUGUCUGGGAAAACCUGAAGGUAAUUAAUAUGGAGGGGACUGAGCGGAUAGAGGGUACAGGAAAGUGCAUUGGUUUAUGGGCUCUUGGACCACUCAGUGUGACUGCUGGGUAGACUUGUUUACAUCUGAUCAAAGCACUGGGCUUGUCUAGGCCUAUACGAGAUGCAUCAUUGAAUCUCCUACUUGUUUUCCUCCGCUGUGUGAAUCACAUCUCCUCACUACUGUGGUUUCUGAUGUGUGGUUUAAAGGAAGCAUAUCAGUGAGUGAGACAAGCAAACUUGUCUCUGCUCCCAAAACUAUAAUGUGGAUUUUGAUUAUAUGUGUUUUGUUUGUUAUUUUUGUUGUUGUUGUUAUGUCUUUUUCUCCUUAAGUUAUUUGCCCUUCAGAAUAGACUUAGGAAAGGCUGGUUCCUUAGUCUCCUGGUUUGGUGUCUUUAUGUUUGUUUCAACCGAGAAUCACUCCAGCAGAGGUCUGCAGUGGCCACUCGUGCAAGGCCUCACCAGCCUUAGCCACUAGCACUUCUCUGAGUGCCAAAAAUGACGUCAUUGUAUGUGUUCCUUUUGUGAUACUUAAUCAUGGAAAAAAAAUUACAAAAGAAAAGCUUAAGUCAUGUUCACUGUCUUUCAGAGUUGCUCACUUCAGUGGUGUAACACUGGGAGGUAUUUUGUGUUCGGUGUAAAAUUGUAUUCUCUUUUCUGAUUAUGUUACCAUGGUACUCCUAGAGUAUAUGCUUCAUCUGGUUGAAAAAAACACAUAUUUUUGUGAAAGAUACUGAAGUGCCUUGGGAAAUGAAGAUGUUUUAGUAAAUAAAAUGAUUUUUUUAAGAUAAUAA